GAGAGAGCUGACAUCCCAAAGAUCCUGCCUCUAGGACCGAGGCUCUUUACUUUUGCUGAAAACAGAGCUUAUUCCAAGUGCAGGAGCUGACAAUUGGAACAUAACCAGGAAAGGGUAGUGACUACUAGAAGUUCAUGCAUAAUGUGAUUCAUUUGUUUCAACCCUGAAAUCAUCAGUGUGCCAAACUUGGUACUGGACUACGGGCUUCAUCUCUCAGUUUGAUAGAUCAUAUCUACAAAGUGAAAAAAGUGCUUAUUUCCAAGCCUAAUAACUAAGCAAGAGACCUAAAUUUUGGAACUGGACUAACUGAAGCUUACUUGUGUGAAUGGGCUGGAUUUAUUUUGCAUGUGGCAUUUAUAUCAGACAUUCCACUUCUGUUCAUCACCUCCAAGAAGGAACAAAAUCAACUCAAGGAAAUUGAUGUGGAAAUUUUAAAUCACGCUGUCAUUAUCCAGUGACACUAAAAUCUGGCAAUGGCUUCUGAGGAAUGCAUUUUACUAGAAGUGGAAUUGGAUGACUUCAUUCUUUGUAACAGCUCUGCUGUUCAACACACAAAUCUCUCUCUCUUGAAUGAAGAUUUCUUUUACUAUAGAUUCUUGUAUGCAAUUCCGACGAUUUAUGGGAUCAUAAUUUUGAUUGGUCUUGUUGGCAACAUAACACUGAUAAAAAUCUUCUGUACAGUGAAAUCCAUGAGAAAUGUCCCCAACUUGUUCAUUUCCAGUUUGGCUAUUGGCGACUUGCUUCUCUUGCUCACUUGCGUACCUGUGGAUGCCAGCAGAUACCUGUCUCCUGAGUGGCUGUUUGGUCGGGUUGGAUGCAAACUGAUCCCUUUCAUUCAGCUCACUUCAGUGGGGGUGUCAGUCUUCACACUCAUGGCUCUGUCUGCAGACAGGUAUAAAGCCAUAGUGAGACCAAUGGACAUCCAAGCCUCUCAUCCUCUAUUGAAGAUUUGUUUGAAAGCUGUCAUGAUCUGGAUUUUAUCCAUGCUGCUGGCCAUUCCUGAAGCUGUAUUUUCAGACCUGCGCCUUUUGUAUGACAAGGGCACUAAUAGAACAUUCAUCAGUUGUACACCUUACCCACUUACCGAUGAGCUGCAUCCGAAAAUUCAAUCGAUGGCUUCCUUUCUGAUAUUUUACAUCAUUCCCCUCUCUGUUAUUUCAGUUUAUUAUUAUUUCAUUGCAAAAAAUCUGAUACGGAGUGCUUACAACCUACCAGUGGAAGGAAAUGUGCAUGUUAGAAAACAGAUGGAAUCCAGAAAACGUCUCGCCAAGACAGUGCUGGUUUUUGUUUGCAUCUUUGCUUUCUGUUGGCUUCCCAACCAUAUUAUCUAUUUAUAUCGGUCAUACCAUUAUUCAGAGGUGGACACUUCUGUUCUGCACUUCAUCACCUCUCUCUGUGCUCGAGUCCUGGCAUUUGCUAACUCUUGCAUUAACCCUUUUGCACUCUACCUGCUCAGCAAAAGUUUUAGGAAACAGUUCAAUCAUCAGCUGACAUGUUGCAAAGCCCGUGUUCUCAUUAGAUCCCAGAGCACGGUCAGAAGCACCACACGAAUGACGUCUCUCAAGAGCACCAACCAAUCAAUGGCUACUUUCAGUUUCAUCAAUGGCAACCACCACUGUCAUGAGGGCUAUGUAUAGCACACACUCAGAGACAUGUCCCUGGGCACAUGCCAGCUGGUCACGUGUGGGAGGGGGCAGAGAAUCGCCCCCAUACCCCCUCUCAGCCCCACCUCGCCAGGCUGUUCCUUCAGCCAGCAGAGCCUCUGUUGGCCAAAGGAGCAGCCUGGCCGGGUCACUGCCAGAUGUCCCUUUGCCCAGCCCUGCCAGGCUGCUCUUUCAGCCAGCAGAGCCUCUGGCAAGCCAAGGGGUGGCCCACAAUAGCCUCCCACAAGCUAAGGUAUGUGGUGUGCAGGGGGGUGAGGGCAAUGGGGGAGGGGGCGGCUGGAGCAGAUGUUGCCCCAGGCACCAUUUUCCCCUAACCUCUACACAAACUGCACACUGAAAGUUAUCAAAAUGUCUGCUUAGCCAUUGGUGUCUGCUUUAUUCCAGUACAGAACAAAUGUACAUACUCAGAGAUCUGGAUAGCAACCUGAGAACUUGGAGCAUGUGAGCAUGGUUUGAUACAGAAUUGAAGGGCUUCUCACAGCUGUGCAUGCUUUUAGAACCUUGUUUUUAAUAUGCUAAUUUACAAUAUGCUUUUUAACAUCCAUUCUCUAGAGGUGGGUGUUGAAGGCAUUCAGAAUAUAUGAAGUCAUUAUCUUGAGCUGGUUAUUUCACAAAAUCUUGUCAUAGCCUUGACAAGGUGGGUGGUUUAGAGGUGGGGAGGCUGCAGUAAGCCGCUUUUCCACAGAGUCCUUAGGGCUGUGCAAAAGCAGCCAUAGGAUCUGGUUUCAAGUCAUGCCCUGGGUCCUUCGCCUUUAAAAUCUUUCCCUGGGCACUGGCAGGGUGGAACACCAUAUCUUGCCUGCAUGUAUGUCUUUGUGAAAUACCUGCAUGAACUGGAAAGUGCUCGAGGUGAAUCAAGCCAAUAUAAUCGUGCAGCAUUGAAGUGUGUAUCCAUACACACAGAAAGCUAACAUGGCCAUUUUCAAAAGAUCAGUAUAUGUGCUUUUCUGCCUUUGGUCAAAAUCUUUGAAAUCUUUGGACAACAUUUUCAGUCAAUUUAUUUUUUAAAAGUAAACUUAGUUCUGACUGAUAAAAUAAUGGUCCUUUCCCAAUGACCAAUCUAGAUAAAACAUUUGGUUCCAUUGAUGUAGGACAGCAGUCCUACCCCUGCUUACUAUAGAACAUUCAAACUCAGUGGUGGCUUACUUCUGAGUAAACUUGCUCUGAAUUGUGCUGUAUAUCUAUUACAUGAACCCAUAGGAGACUUUACUGAAUUUGUUUUUAAAAGUUCAAGGCGGACACUCUUUCAACUUGUCAGGAAUCUUAAUGGUGUGUUUUUUUCAGUACAGUGUUAAUUCACAUUGUGAAAAGAUGUGAAGAAAGUUGAUGUUUACUGGGGUUUGGUAACUCCAUCCCAUCUGAAAUAAGCAGUAUGUUGUAAACGAUCUAAAUGUGAAAGUGAUGCCAUUUUAAUAAAUGUGAGGUUAAGUUGUGCAUUUUGCCAUAUUUUAGAAGAUAAAGUGCAGCUCUUUUAAAAUGUUACUAAAUGUUCCUAUUGUUCCCUUCAGGGUAUAUGUAAAUGGACGACAAAAUACACCAUGCAGAGCUUGAGACGUUUCAGCUUGAGAAACAAAUAUAAACUGAAACACAGAAUUCUUAUUGUGCUUUUCAGAGAUGUAAUGUAGUUAUAAUGUGUGCUGAUAGCUAUUAAAACCUCAACCUUUAUAUUGCCUGCACAGUAAAUUGAGUUAAUCCAUUAGAUUACCUGAAAUGUUAUAUCACAUUAAUGGGUCAACACACUGAAAUUAGAAAUUCUUUCUUUUCCAGUGUGCAGAUGUUUUUAGGAAAGUGAAUUCAUAUAAAAUAGAGAUGAGAAAAAUGAAGUAAGCUAUUUUGGGAUACAAAUUAA